GUGACAGAAGCUGCAGUCCAGACAAAACUCUGUUUCCAUCUGAAGAAAAUUCAUCUGAGUUUAUCUGUUCUUUCUCAACAUCUGACUCAAAUACUGUGUGUAGACAUGUCUGCUGCCAGCUCUCUGAGAUCUGAAGAUCAGUUUCUGUGCUCCAUCUGUCUGGAUGUGUUCACUGAUCCAGUCACUACAUCAUGUGGACACAACUUCUGCAAACACUGCAUCACUCAGCACUGGGAUCAUAAUGACAUAUUCCAGUGUCCAAUGUGUAAAGAGAUAUUGCACACUAGACUUCAGCUGAAGAUCAACACUUUCAUCAGUGAGGUGGUUGCUGAGUUCAGACAUGAAUCUCAACAGAAAACCAGCAGCAGCAGCUUAGAGCAACAAGCUGCCAAACCAGGAGAAGUUCCCUGUGACGUCUGCAUCGGAACCAAACCGAAGGCCCUGAAGUCCUGCCUGGUGUGUCUGCUCUCCUACUGUGACUCUCACCUGCAGCCUCAUCUGACAGUGUCACGCCUGAAAAGACAUCAGCUGAUCCACCCUGUGGACAACCUGGAAGACAGGAUGUGUAGGAAGCACGAUAAACCUCUGGAGCUGUUCUGUAAGACCGACCAGACAUGUGUCUGCACGCUCUGCUCUGUUUUAAACCACAAGACACAUGAGUUUGUUCCUCUGAAAGAAGAAUAUGAAGGAAAGAAGGCAGAGCUGGGGAAGACAGAGGAUGAAAUUCAGCAGAUGAUCCAGAAGAGACGACGGAAGAUUGAGGAGAUGAAAAAGUCAGUGAAGAUGAGUAAAGCUGCUGCAGACAGACAGAUAGCAGAAGGUGUUCAGGUCUUCACUGCUCUGAAGGAGUCUGUUGAGAGAGGCCUGGACCAGCUCAUAAAGGAGAUCGAAGACAAACAGAAAACAACAGAAAAACAGGCUAAAGGUUUCAUCAAACAUCUGGAACAGGAAGUCUCUGAGCUGAUGAAGAGAAGCUCUGAGGUAAAGCAGCUCUCACACUCUGAAGACCACCUCCACCUCCUCCAAAGCUUCUCCUCCCUGAAAGCUGCUCCACCCACCAAGGACUGGACAGAGGUCAGCGUCCGUCCACCAUCAUAUGAGGGGACUGUGGUGAAAGCUGUGACUCAGCUGGAGGAGACACUCAGGAAAGACAUGAAGAAUCUGCUUGAGGUUGAGCUGAAGAGGGUCCAGCAGUAUGCAAUGGAUGUGACUCUAGAUCCUGAUACAGCGCAUCCUCAACUCAUCCUGUCUGGUGAUGGAAAACAAGUUCACUGUGGUGACGUGUGGAAGAAUCUUCCCGACAACCCAGAGAGAUUUUCUAAAUAUGCGUGUCUUUUAGGAAGGAAUAGUUUCUCUUCUGGCUGUUUUUAUUUUCAGGUUCAAGUUAAAGGAAAGACUGACUGGGAUCUAGGAGUGGCCAGAGAAUCAAUAAACAGGAAGGGAAUCAUUCCACUGAGUCCACAGAAUGGUUUCUGGACUGUAUGGUUGAGAAAUGGAAAUGAAUACAAAGCUCUUGCUGGUCCUUCAGUGCGUCUUUCUCUUCAUUCUCAUCCUGAGAAGGUGGGGGUGUUUGUGGAUUAUGAGGGUCUGGUCUCCUUUCAUGAUGUAGAUACUGCAGCUCUUAUCUACUCCUUUACUGGCUGCUCCUUCAAUGACAAACUUUAUCCAUACUUCAGCCCCUGUAAUAAUGAUGGUGGUAAAAACUCUGCACCUCUGAUCAUCUGUGCUGACAACCAAACUGUCUGUUAAUGAUGAAGCUUUGAGAUCAACGAAUGAACUCAGUAAUCUUCAUACUAAGGCUGUCGCGGUAUACUAGUUUUGAUGAUAAUAAAGAUAUUAAAAAAAUUAAAUGAAAUGCUUGAUAAUAUCGUGUAAAUACUGCCCAAUCUUGUCCCCCGACCAAUUAUAAUUGGUUCCGCAUCUUGCCUACUGUAUAAUUUUCCUCAGAUCCUGAGGUGAAGCUGCUUCCAGUCUCUGAGACGAGAAGACUGAUCUUUUGUCAGCCACAAUGUCCCUGGAAAUGUCCCACCUGUGCUUUUAAUGCAGAGACUUGUUCACAAUAAGCACUUUAUAUCUGAUGAUUUUGCAGUGAGGACAGUGUUCAGUGGCUAUGUCAUAAAGUCCAAAAGGAUUUUAAGUGGAAGAGGAAAUCAAUUAUAAUUGUGGCACACAGAGAAACAAAGAUUCAAAAAAGUUGGGAAAACAAUUAUCUUUUCACUAAUGUUGAUUCCACCAGAGUGUAUGUUGUAUGAUUGAAGUCUGUGAUUAUUAGGGGCAUGUUUUGUCCUGUUUAUUGUGCUAGUAAGUACAGUACUGAUGUCAUUUCAGACACGUUUUGUCCCAUGUUACUUUGUUCAUUGCACUAAGUGUCUUUGUAGAAAUAGGUCUAUUAAUGAUUCAUGUCUUUCGUCAAAUAUUUAAAGAAGCUUCUUUAAAGACAGAUAGAGAUAAAUGUAAAGCACAAUAACUAGUGUCAUUAAGUUUUCAUAAUUAUUUUGUGAUAGUAUUUAUUUUGCACAUGCCUGCUCUAUACACUUACGUUCUACUGUUAUUUGUAGUGUGAGUGUGAUUCAUCUCCCAAAAGUGACAUAAAAACAGUUAAAGAUGCAUUUCCUGGAUUUUGCUAUUAUUAUUUACAUUUACAGAUAUCGUGAUAGCCCUAUGUCACACUUUGUUUUCUUCCUAUCUAAAUGUAUCUUUGUAUAUUUAAUGGUUUCUGGACUUUUAUCAUUUACUUGUUUUAAAGUUUUUCCACAUAUACAUCAAUUGGGAUGAUUGUUAAAUGAGCUACAA